GUUGUGGAUGAAUGGAUCGAAUCGUACAAGCGUGACAGGGACACACACCUCCUCGAACUCAUCCAAUUCUUCAUCCACGCUUCGGGGUGCAGAGGUCAGGUGACCCUGCACAUGCAAAACACCAUGGAACAUGCCGAGAUCAUUAGGAAGAUGACUGAGGAGUUUGACGAGGAAAGUGGGGACUACCCGCUGAUCAUGACGGGCCCCCAGUGGAAGAAGUUCAAGGUGAACUUUUGCGACUUCAUCAGCUUGUUGGUGAAGCAGUGUCAGUACAGCAUCAUCUACGACCAGUUCCUCAUGGACAACAUCAUCUCGCUGCUCACAGGCCUCACUGACUCGCAAGUGCGAGCUUUCAGGCACACAAGCACAUUUGCUGCAAUGAAACUGAUGACAGCAUUGGUUGAUGUGGCCUUGAACUUGAGCAUUGCCCUCGAUCACACACAGAGGCAGUUGGAGGCUGAACAGUCGAAAAGCAAAAAUAAACAGGCAGCUGAUCGUUUGGAAUUGUUGACUGAAAAGAAAAAAGAGACUGAAGAUAAUUUGGAUGAGAUUAGGCACAUGCUGACGUACAUAUUCAAAGGAGUUUUUGUACAUAGAUACAGAGAUAUUCGCCCAGAGAUAAGAGUUAUUUGCACCAAUGAAAUAGCAGUUUGGAUGAAACGUUAUCCAACCAUGUUCCUCGAUGAUUCCUACCUUAAAUAUAUUGGAUGGACACUUUGCGAUAGGGUGGGUGAGGUGAGAUUGAGUUGUCUCAAGUGUUUGCAGCCAUUGUACGAUACGGAAGAAUUUGCUCCAAAGUUAGAACUAUUCACCAAUCGAUUCAAAGAUCGCAUAGUGGAGAUGACACUGGAUAAAGAGUAUGACGUCAGUGUUCAGGCCCUCAAACUGGUCAUAAGCAUAUUCAAAUCAAAUGAAAGCAUCUUGCAAGACAAGGAUUGUGAGAAUGUCUACGAGUUGGUGUACUCCUCUCACCGAGCUCUGGCGCAGGCAGCUGGCGAGUUCCUCACAGCCAAACUGUUCACUACCAGCAACCAACUCAACAACUCAUCUCUACAAAAUGCCAAGAACAAGAAGGGAAAGAAGUCUAGUGAGAAUGCUCCUUAUUGGCGAGAUCUUGUUUUGUUCUUCAUCGAGAGCGAGUUGCAUGAACACGGAGCAUAUCUGAUUGAUAGUUUGUGGGACUCGUGUCCAAUGCUAAAGGACUGGGAGUGCAUGACUGGAUUGCUGCUCGACGAACCGACCAAGGAAGACGAUGUGCUGGACGACAAACAAGAGACAAGUUUGAUAGAGUUGAUGGUGUGCUGUGUGAAGCAGGCCUCAACUGGAGAGCUGCCCGUCGGUAGAGGACAGCGUAAACUUGGAACGAAGGAUCUGAAGGCCAUCUCUGAGGACCGAAUUCGAAUGACGGAGCACUUCAUCGUGGCUCUGCCUCAACUUCUGUCUAAAUACACCAUGCACUCGGAGAAGACGAGCAACCUUCUGAACAUCCCCAUGCACUUCGACCUUGAGAUCUACACCACUGGCAGACACGAAAAGCAACUUGACAUCUUUCUGAACCACAUAGACACCAUUGUGGAGCAGCAAACAGAUCCUGAGGUGUUGAACAACUGUUCGAAAGUGUUAGAGAUAUUCUGCAGUGAUGAGUAUUUGAUAGGCAACAAGUGCAGUGUCUUUAGGAUGACUCUCAUUGAUAAGAUCGUCAGUAGGUACUUCCAAGCCUGUGCCAGCUUCUUUGAUAAGGUUGGUUGGUUGGUUGAUUGGUUGGAGGACCCAACAGAAGACGACACCUUUGCACUGUUUAAGAGUUUGGAACGUGUCCAUGCAUUCUACAGUUGCCACAACAUGAACAACAACCUCUCCGUUGAGUCUUUCAGCAAGAUCUUCAAGGAGAAGUAUCAUGCACCUAAAGAUAUACUCUGCAAAGGCAUCGCCUGCUCCUUCCUUUCCAUCUUCUGGCAGUUGGCAUCCCUGAACGAGCAAAAUAUUAAUGAGGUGGGUGGAGCUUCAUUCAGUCAAUCACGAUCAGUGAGGAAGAGAUUGAAGGGGUUGAUGGAGAAGCUGUGCUUGCUCCUCUCACAUCAUGAAUACUCUGUUCAAGAAGAAGCAUACAUUUCCAUCUGUGACCUCCUAAUCAUCUUCAACAAGAACCUGGGCCACAACAAUCCCGCCCUCGCCCCCCUCGUCUACACGCCAGACCCCAUCAUGCAGGAACAUCUCAUCAUGUUCCUCAAGGAGCGAGUCUUUGUUGAAGAUGAUGAUGAAUCGAUGGAUGAGAACCAGAAGAUCGAGGAACUGCACAAGAGGAGGAAUCAGUUGGCCUGCUUCUGCAAGCUCAUCAUCUACAAUGUCCUCAAGAUCAAGCAGGCUGCUGAUAUGUUCAAGUACUACAUUAAGUUCUACAACGACUAUGGGGACAUCAUCAAGUUGACCCUCUCGAAGGCCAAAGAAAUUAACAAGGUUCAGACAGCCAAGACCCUCGCACUCAGUCUCACUCAGUUAUUCUCCGUGCUGCAAACUGAAUUCCCUGAUGAGAAGAUCGAAACCAACUCGGAAGGAUUUGUGGCCAUUAAGGACCUAGCUCGGAGGUUCUCUCAGUCAUUCGGCUUGGACCUUGUGAAGAUCAGGGAAGCCAUUGCAUACAUGCACAAAGAUGGCAUAUUGUUCGUGGUGAACGGCAGCAGGGAUGCAGAGACGGGCGUGCCGAAGAACCUCUCCUUCCUCGAGAUCCUCUGCGAGUUCUCCGUCAAGCUCAUGAAGCAGGACAAGAAAGUCGUCCUAGCCUACCUGGACAACCACUUUGAGAACAGUCUGCGUGAGUGGGGGGACGAGGCGAGUUCCCUGGCAAUGUACCGACACAGUCUUCUCAUGGGAGAUGUUGAUGUCUCCAUGGCAACCAACAACAAGUCGGCAGCAGUAGCAGCAGCAGCUACGACAAAUGCCACUGCUGCAAAAGUCCACAAGAAGAGCAAAAACACCGCCGUUAAGAGGAAACUUUCCCUGGAUGGUUGGUUGCUUUUGAUUGGUUGGUUGUUUUUGGUUGGUUGUUUUUGA